UGUGUACAGUACAUGUACAUGUACAUGUACUUGUGUAUGCUGCAAUGCGUGCUUCACGCGUUGAGGUGAUAAAAAGUUGAAGUUCGCGGGAUUUUUCAAAAUACUUUGAAGAGAGAAAAGUAGUAUCAUAAAGUUUUUUUCUCAAUAUGUUGCUUUUUGCUCGGUCGUCAUUUCAAUCCCUUAUAAUAAGAGGGAUUCACAAUCUAACAUUUCAAAAACGAUUAUUGGUGCCAAACAAGAUAAUGUUUAGUGCAGUCUUUGAAGUUCGAUCGUGUCAUUUUCCCAGCAACACUGCUGCCCUUGGUCUCAUGCAAGGAGGAGGUUACGAUGGCUACACCAUAUUAAGGACCAAAAGUAUCCCUUGUACUGGGGCAAGAUUAGCAAGUACAGCUGACACUGAAAAUCCAGCAAGGAGUAGAGUGGAUGAUGAGCAGCCAACUGGAGAAACAAUUUCUGAUUUUCAUCUCGUCAAAUUACGUUCCUGGGCCUUCACUGUUGAACCAUUUGGAUGUGUUUCUUUGGACACUUCCCUGUCGGCCAGAGUCACGCCCACAAACCCCCACGACUACCCUGCAGCAGACAGGGCCUUCGUCCAUUUGCUUCUCCAUACCAGGAACCCAUGGAAGCCGGGAGAUGAACUGGACAGGAUGCUGAAAGAGGGUGAUGCUGACAGUUUGUUGGAGAGAUAUGUUCAGUGCAGUGUCCAAUACCAGGAUGGUGUGAUCCAUGUGACUGGAGAUGCUGUUGAAAAAGUUGGUGAUUCUGGGAUGACAAAUGAGGAGGCAGAUCAAAAUGAUUACUUGUGGCUAGUUGAAAUUCCAAUGUCAUAUGAUGUAAAUGCAGUGACAACCAAUGAGGCAUCUGUUACCAUAGAGCAACUAGAAAAUCAAAGCUGUGAUGUACAGACAGACAAAGGGGAUAUAGUCACCAAGAAAUUGAAGUCAGAUGCAGUGUCGCUAAGGAGUACAUGUGGAGAUGUUAACUGUUUGAAAAUGUUGCAGGGUAACAUUUCCAUAGCAACCGGAGACUCUGGAACUGUGACUUCAGACAGACUACAAGGUCAGGAUAUCUCCGUCAGUGCAGGUUCAGGGUCAGUCCUGGUCAAAGAUGUUUAUGCCAGGAAGUCCUCAUUUAGAUCACUAAGUGGGACUGUUAAUCUUGGCAACCUUCAUGGAGAUGUCACAGUUGCUUGCAAAGAAGGAAAUGUGAAAAUAGGGAGUAUAGAUGGAUCUCUGAAGGCAGAUGUUGACAGGGGUGAUGUGUCAGUCUACCUUGCCCAACAUAAGGACGUAGAUAUUGUUUGCAGACAAGGGGAUAUUUCCAUCAAGACUUCCUCCGAUGUUCAUUCCAAGUUUCAUCUUCAAGCAUCUGAGAAGAUUGAGCUCUCCAAGGAGUUGACUGCUAAUUUCACUCCAGAGGUAGAAGAUGGACACGCCAAACUGGACACGAGGACCAAGAGAGGGGCGUCGAAUGGUGGUCAGGACUCCUCAUUAACAGCUGUCACUCAGCAUGGUACCAUAACACUCUCUGUCCAGUCAUGGUUAGAUUCACUCCAACUGGAAAAGUAACCAGUGCUAUUUAUCUGAUGCGCAGGAUAUGUAAGUUACUCUGAGAUCUUUUUAGAGGGAUUGCAAUACACCCUGUGAAAGUAUUCAGGUUGAAGUGUACUUUUUGUAGUUUUUAUUCCAAUUUUUCAAAGCCCUGAAACUGCUACAUGUAGUUUCUUCUUCAUAUCAUAAAUACUAUCUCUUAAAUUUCACAAACCGUGUCUUGUCAUUGUGUAAGUAUUUGACAGAGUGUAUGCAUAUCAACAGAAUUUGUUUCUCAGUACCAGAGGAAUAUUUAAUGAGAUCUUUGUUACAGUGCCCUAAUUGAUACUGUGAGAGGUCCUCGCACUCAGUAAGAGGGUCUUCAAAUAAGUAAUAUUACAAAAGGUUUUUGUUAAACCAAAUACCAUUAUGUUGUAGAAUAUUUAGACUUACUCAGAUUAUGUUCUCAGCACAACCUAAUAACUUAACCGGUAGUGCACGAACUGAUGAGAAUUUGACCUCCACAUAAGAUGUUGUUGUCAUGUGAUGCCUGCUUAUUUGCUAUGAAAACAAACCAAUCUCUUCUGUUUUGACUGGAAAGAUUAGUGCCUGAAAUGCUGAAGUCAUAUCGUCAGAUGUCUGUCACAGACACAGUGGCGCAGAGGAGUUUGGGCUGUUAUGCAAAACAACGGUCGCAAUUCAGACUUGUCGAGUUGGUAUUGAUGAUUGGCAGUCUCCCCUCCUAUUCGUUUUGUUCUUAUUACAUGUAACUGGUAUGCCACAGCACUGGUGGCAACUGCAUUUGCUUCACUUGCACGGGUUAUUCCUUACCCAAAUAAAAACUGAUAAUGUUGGGCACACAGAGCGUGCCAUGAAAUGUUGAUGCCUAUAUAUUAUCCUGCGAUGUCUGAAGUGGUCAAAUGGUGGAUUAUUCCUCUUGCCUUUCAUUGCUAAACAAAACAAUAAACAAAGAAAAUGACACACACAAAGAAAUUAAGGAAACUUAGAAACACAUCAGAAACAUCUUGCAAAUUGGGUCGAAAGAAGGGCAUAUGAAAUUGUCUUCUGGAUCUUGGCCAAUAAAAAGUUGGAAUGUUUUCAAAUCA